AAGCCACCGGUUGUAUUGGGAGCUGAGGGUCAGCGAUGGGGAAGAAGCAGCACAGCAAGGACCGGAUGUUCAUAACGAAUACGGAGUGGGCCACCGAGUGGGGCGGCGCCAAAUCCAAGGAGACGGGGGCACACUUCAAGCGCCUCUCCUUCUACUGCUGCUCCCUCACUUUUACGCCGUUCGAGGACCCGGUGUGCACGGCUGAUGGCAGCGUCUUUGACAUCAUUUUAACAAUUGGUUGCAGGCAUAUAAUUCCUUAUAUCAGAAAGUAUGGCAAGCAUCCUGUUACUGGUGCUCCUCUCAAGCAAGAGGAUCUUAUCCCCCUCACUUUUCACAAGAAUCCUGACGGAGAAUUUCACUGUCCCGUGCUGCACAAAGUUUUCACCGAGUUCACACACAUUGUUGCUGUGAAGACUACAGGAAAUGUUUUCUGUUAUGAGGCAAUCAAAGAAUUAAACAUCAAGACUAAGAACUGGAAAGAACUCUUAACUGACGAGCCAUUCAGUCGAGAUGACCUCAUAACGAUUCAGAAUCCUAAUGCACUUGAUAGCAAGGUUUUGGUGGACUUUGAUCAUGUCAAGAAUAGCCUGAAAGUUGAUGAUGAAGAAUUAAAGAAAAUGAACUCAGAUCCAACCUAUAACAUUAAUGUCUCGGGGGAUAUCAAGCAAAUGCUUAAGGAGCUUGGGACUGAAAAGGGCAAGGAAGCAGCCUUAUUAGGUGGAGGUGGUAGCAAGGCCCAGAAGGAAAGGGCCGCUGCACUUGCUGCUAUUCUGGCUGCAAGAUCCCGUUUGCAAGAGGAGGAGAAUUCAAAAUCCAAGGGAGAGGCUAAAGCAACCCAGUCAUUUAGCAUAGUAGAUGCUGCCUCUGCUGCAGUUCAUGGAAGAAGUGCUGCAGCAGCUAAGGCCUCCUCAAGUGAUAAAACUGCUGCUCGAAUAGCUAUGCAUAUGUCUGGCGAGAGAGCUCCCGUCAACGCAAAGUUGGUGAAAAGCCGCUAUACGACUGGUGCAGCCUCGCGAUCUUUUACUUCAACAUCGUACGACCCAGUGACCAAGAAUGAAUAUGAGUAUGUCAAAGUUGAGAAAAAUCCUAAGAAGAAAGGAUAUGUUCAGCUGCACACAACACAUGGUGAUUUGAACAUAGAGCUGCACUGCGACAUCACUCCCAGGACUUGCGAGAACUUCAUCAUGCUCUGUGAGCAGGGAUAUUACAACGGCGUACCUUUUCAUAGAAAUAUAAGGAAUUUUAUGAUUCAAGGGGGUGACCCUACUGGGACUGGGACAGGAGGUGAGUCAAUAUGGGGGAAGCCGUUCAAGGAUGAGUUGAACUCCAAGUUGCUUCACUCUGGGAGGGGUGUUGUAAGUAUGGCGAACAGUGGUCCGCACACAAAUGGGUCUCAGUUUUUCAUCCUUUACAAGUCCGCCAAUCAUUUGAACUUCAAGCAUACAGUUUUUGGAGGGGUAGUAGGUGGAUUGACCACGUUAUCAGUGAUGGAGAAGGUUCCUGUUGAUGAUAAUGAUCGUCCUCUGGAAGAAAUUAAGAUAAUUAACGUGACAGUCUUCGUGAAUCCUUACUCUGAGCUGGAUGAGGAGGAAGGAGAAGAGAAGGCCAAAACUGAGAAGACAGUUGACGAUGAAGAUAAGGAUAAGGUCGGGUCGUGGUUUAGCAACCCCGGUGCAGGAACAGCCGAACCAGGAGCAGUGGGGAGUGGAGGUGUGGGGAAGUACCUUAAAGCAAGGAAUGCUAAAGGUGGUUCCGGUGCGGAUGCUGAAAAUGGUUCAGCUGUAACAAAGAAAAGGAAAGUAGGAGCCUCAACAGGAGAUUACGGGAACUUCUCUUCAUGGUGAGAGCUUCCCGAUCUUUUGUACCAUGAAGCUCUUUUAACCGACUAGCAAGUAAUGUGCUGUAACUAACAUGUAAGAACAAAAAGAAUGAUGUAAAACCUUUUUUUUUUUUUUCGGAACAUCCUGCCCUCGUAUUGGUUGUUCUUUUACCGGUCUAUAUAUAUAUUAUUCGUCAAAUGACA